AUGUCAUCCCCUCCAAAGACUCCUCCAGAACUGCCUCCUUUCAUUACUUCUAUAUUACCGACUCCUAUUUCUAAGCCCACAGGGUCUGAAUCAGAAAAAGAAUUUGCAACAAACCCUUCAAAAUACACUCAUGAAGAAUGGCAGAGUAUGAACCUGUUUAUUCUGCAAAAAUCAAUCAUGGAUGCUCUUGAUAAAGCAUUCACUGAUAAAAAUUACUGUGUAACCAAAGGAAAGAUGGAUAAAUUCCACUUCUGCAGGGUUGUACUAGAAACAGUAGAAAUCAAAGAAUAUGAAAAAUAAAAUCUUCCUUAUCAAUGCUAUCACCCAACUUUUCGGAGGAAGAGAAACUAUUGAAAAAGUUGAUGUUGCCAACUACUUUAUUGACAACGUAAUUCACAUUGAUGAGAAAUUGAAAUAACUCAGAGCAGAAGUAUGUAUACAAAGGAUUGGAGAAAACCUUUCCAGCUCUGUACUUUUCCAAAGAACUAGACUCCUUCUCUCCUUUAGUUUAUGGCAAUAGUGAUCAGAUCAUUAGAAGGUUUGAGAAGGACAAAAUUAUUCUAAACAGAGUUUUUGAGCGAUCAAAGAUUCUCUUCAUUGAGAGAGAGCAAAGAAUCAUCGGCUGUGAGGUCGAUUGUAGUGGGUUCAAAGUUUACACACCUAAAGGAAAACUUGAAAAAUCUGUGGAUCUUGAGCAAGCUAAUCAUUUGAAGUACACCAAAACUAUGUGUAUAGCAUACUCUUCAUUUGAGAAUAGAAUUGGAGCCGUUAAUAACGACCAUACUCUUUCAUUUUGGGAUAUUCAGGAUAAUUGUAAGUUUGAAAAGGUUAUUCAUUCAAAGAAAUAAAACCCUUGAAGACCAAAUUUAUUAUAUCAAGCAUAUUGGAACGUGGUUAACAAUUGACCAGGAGUCUAACCUCUACCUCUGGAAUCUAGAGGAAGAAACUUCAGAAGCGUUGAUUAAGAAGCACAAGGGAACAGUACUUGCUUUCCAAGAGAUCAUUCACCAAAGAAUGGUUGUCUUCAGUACCUUACAAAAACAGUUAGUAUUUUGGAAUUUGACUCUAAAAGUCUGAACUCAAAUAAUCAACCUUGAGAAUGUAUCAAUCCACACAAUGUGCUUUUUGCCUGAUUAUAAGCUGCUGGCAACUUCAAAUUUCGGGAACAUUAUGAAAAAGACAGACCCUUACCUCAGUUCGAAAUGAAAUGUGAUUCUAUGGAGGUUUAUUGACCAGGAUAUCUCAAAGGUAGGAGAAUUACUCGGUCAUACUUCUCAAAUAGUCGCUGUGGACUACCUGAUGAACUCUCCUGCUCUCAUCACCUGUGAUGACACAGGAGUGAUCAAGACUUGGGACAUCAGAAGCUGCCAGUGUGUCCAGACCUACACUAGUGACUCAAAAAUAGUAAUUCAUAAGUUCCUUAAUAUUGAUGAGAACACCUUUAUUGGCAUUUCCAAGAGAUGCCUCUGGUUUACAUAUGAAGAAUCAGACGAACAGAGAAAGAUAUGCAAAAUGAUCUUUGAAUAUAAUGCUGACUCUAAUGAACUUUAUGUAGGUACCAGGACUAAUAUCAGAUGAGUUGACUUACACUCAGGCAAGACGACAAGAGUUCUAGCAAAUGUUGUUGAGAAAGGCGAGGAAAUUACCAAGAUAUGUCUCCAUUCCGAUAAGGCAAAUCUUUUAGUCGGAACUAGCACUGGAGCAAUAUAAAGCUAAUCUCAACUCUUGACGGAAGUUUCAGAAAAAAGUUAUUCUCUCAUAAAAAGGAUGUCUGCAGUAUUGUGACUGACUCAAAGAAUGGCUUAAUCAUCAGCGCUGGGAUUGAUUCAAAGAUCAUGGUGCAGGGAGAGAAAUUUGAGAAGCCACUAAGAGUGCAGAAAAGAGCUCACUCUACCUUUGAAAUUACUGAAUGUCGGAUUAAGUACAAUCUGUUAGCGACCUCAGCUGACAGUAUGAUCUUAAUCUGGAACUAUGACAAUUUUCAACUUAGAGGAAUUUGAUUCUAUCAAAGAAAUAAUAUAAGAAGAUUUGAAUUCCUUGAUGACCAUCUUGUACUCAUUUCAAUUGACUCUAAUGGAAAUCUUAUUGGUUGGGAUCUUAGGACCAGUAAUACUUUCAAUUACUACUACAAGCCAUUAUUCAAAGUUCUUCUUAAACCAGAAAAUGGUGCAAAUUUGAUGGUCAACAACAUGAUGAUAUUUAAAAUUGAGAAAGAUCGUUUACUCGACCAGAGUUAUGACCUCACUGACCAAAACUUUAUUAAAUUUUACAAAAGGUUCCAAAGAAUUGUCAAAAGAUCAGCUACUCUCAUUAACAUACACUCUUUUCAGUCUAAGAAGGUAGAGCAGAAGAAGGAAGUAGAGUUGAUUUAUUUAUGCACAGAUAACGGUAGGAUAUUUUGUUGUGAUCUCAACAUUAUUCUUAACUCAAUGAACCUUGAGAAAGGUCAUUUAAAAGAAAAGCCUUUUAAUGCAUUCAUGAAAUGUUACUCACCUUACAACGAAUGGUUCAAAGAUAAGAAUCAAGUGUUUAAGGUCUUAGAGAAAAUAUCAGAUGGGGUAGAUCAGUCUCCUCAAUCUCCCAACAGCAAAUCAGAUGAUAAAUCAAUGAAAAUACCCCCUGUCAGAGUCAUAGAAGAGCAAACUGUUUUCUCUACUCUCAACACAAAUCUCACAAUGGAGGAUGAUUUAUUCCCACAUUUUAGUUGGAGAGCCCAUAAUGGCUCUGCCAGUGCAAUGCAGUUGAUAAAGCUUCCUAAAGAGUACAUCGUCAUUGGAGCUGAAGAUAAGCAUAUUAUAACAAUAUUCUCGUUAUUCGGCAAACUUCAAUGAAUCUAUAACCUCGAAUUUCCUCUCCCAACACUCUGGACUCUUAGUGUAAGUUCUCUUGAGAGGAGGAAAGAACAGUUUGAAGCAGCUGCUCUUCUAUUAGACCAAAUAGAACUCUUCCAUAAAUUAAAAGGAACUAAAAAGGCUAAAUUUAAUUUCAGUUCGAAGAGAGCAAGUGAAAAUACUUCUCAGAUUCUUGACGAAUACGGAGAUAAUACUGUGGUCGUAAACCUCAAGAAAGUUCCAAAAAUGAGCGCAAAUGUUCAGCAAGUCAGGAAAAGCCAAGGAGUUCUUACCUUCGAGGAGCUUCUUACCAAGGUUGACUCUGAAGUAGCUAAUGGCUUUGAGCCAUGCACAUUCUCUCUCAGAAAAAUUGAUGCGAAGAACAGGAAGCUAUUUGAAGAACCUCCUAAGAAAGACUAUCUUAAUGAUUCAAACACAAAUAUCCGAUUCCCAGAAGAGCCGUAUGACCAACUAUUCGAUGAGAAAGAAGAUAAAUCAAAGGUGAACAAGCCUUCUGAAAACCCAAAUCUGACAGAUAGAGAAAAACUUCAGCUAUUUGUCAAAGAGGUUGGAGACCAAGGCCUCUUGAAUGAAUUCUUACCAACCAAUUACUUACCAGCUAGAGAAAUGAAGAAGAUCAUGGAGUAUUAUCAGUACACUUUGGCUAAGGACUUCCUCAAGCUAAAAAGAUCAUUAAGCAAAGAUAAGAUAGAUAAACAAACAGUUAAAGAGCUACGGAUCCUUACAGAUUAUGAAAUCGAUGAAGAAGAUUCUGACUUUGAUGAUAAGGAACCAAAGAAAUCCACCCGGUCUCCUUUCAUACAAGGAUUGGGUGAAGAUGCAUCACAAACAACUCGAGAUAGGAUGAAAAGAAUGAACAUCAUUAAGAAAAAGAAAAAGUUUGAACUUUUCAAAAAGAAUAGACACAAAGGAUCCUUACCCAACCUUAGAGAUCCGGUUCCUUCUUUUGCUCCUGCUCCGAACUCUGUGAACAAAAUGCUAACCCGGCAUGCUUUCUUCACAAGGCAAGUUAGAAGGAAAAGAAAGAGUGUUCCCAAAGAGCCAGCAAAGAGAAACCCCCCAAAAGCAAAAAUGAUCAACCUCGGAGAGGAUGCAUUUGAUGUUCAUAACAAAUUGUUGAUGAAAUUUUUUACUAGACUUGCUAAUCCAACCACAAGACAAGAGAAGUUUACCAUUGUCAAAAAGAUCAAAGAUAUAUAUGAUAGAGACAGAAAACGAAGAGGGAACCAGAAGAAAGAAUUCAUCAAAUUUGACAUUAAGUCAUUCCCAAAAUCAAAGGACACUAAGCCAAUGACCAGAUUCGAAGCUAGGACGAUCAAUUUAGCGUAAUUUCUCAGCUUGGCUUUCAAUCUUUUAGAUUU